CUGGAGCAAUUAUCAGAGCUUUAUCAAGAGCAAAGUCCAGAUUCCCAGAUUCACAUCAAUAUACUUCUCAACUUACGUUGCCCCUAAACGUCCAAUAUCAAUCAACAACAUUGCUUCAAAUCGGAAACUUCAAGUGCCAACAAUAACUACAUAGUUUCUUAAUUAUACCUAACACUAUUGAAAGCUUUCAUUAUGAGGGUCACUCCUCCUCUUUCUAAGGGCUUUUUUGGCCGAAGCGUAGAUGAAUUCAAACGGUUAUCAAUGAGUGGUGAGUUUCCGGAUACCUAGCUAAAGUUUUAAACAUCACCAAGCUUACUUUAUCUAGCACUCACUGCAGAAGGUACAAGAAGAGCAACAUCUCCAUUGCAUCUUGUAAAUUUCCACAAUGCCGAAUCCAUAAAAGCUUGUAAAGUCUUCUCGGACGCUGAUACGGGAGGCUUUUCACGAGUACAUUUCGAUUGGAUACCUCCCUCCGAGAAUCCCAAUCCUACUCCCUCCGAGAACAAGAAUGGACACGUCAAAUUCCAUGGAAACAUAUCAAUAGACUUGCCGCCGAACAAGCCCCAAAUACAGCGAAGUGGCUAUGCAGCUUGGAGGACUCUUGAUCAACCAUCCACAAUAUUUGGAAAAACAUUAUGGACCAUAGAUCCAUAUGCAUUGCUCGCCCUGCGCAUCAAGAGUGACGGGAGGAAGUAUUUUGUGAACAUACAAACGGAAUCAAUCGUACCUACGGAUAUACACCAACAUCGAUUAUAUGCGCGAAGGCCUGGGGAGUGGGAGACAGUAUUGAUUAAAUGGAAUGAGUUUGUGCGCACGAACCAUGGUGUUGUCGUAGAACCACAAGGCGAAAUGUUGAGGCAGAAGGUACGGACGGUAGGAAUAGGAUUAAUUGAUAGAGUUCCUGGUGAUUUUCAGCUCUGUGUGGAGAGAAUAUGGGCCACCAAUGGAUUGAGUGAGGAGGACCUAGAAGAAGAUGGCAGAAAGGAAGAGGGACAACUGAAGAGCAAACAUGGCGCGAAUAUCAGAUGGAGUGAGGAGAAAGCCGGCAAGCCUCCUUCAUAACAAAAUCUCAUAAUGAAAAUUAUAACUUUACUUGAGGGGAAAUUGUUCUGGCUCAUUAUGUUUCACAAUACCGGAACUGGAGGCUGAAGCUUUUGCUGCAUCUACCAAUUAUAU